GUGGUUAUUGCAUUUACAAGUCUCUAACAUGUGAUUUGAACAAAAUUAAUUUAUGUUUCCAAGGUGAACGUAAUUAAAUCAUAUAUGAUCUGCAUGAAAUUUACCAAUUUAGCACCUCUUAAAUUUAUUCUUGUUGAUAUGACAUGAUAAAAUCUAACAAGAGUGGUUAGCUGCCUUAAAGACUCGCGAUAUCACAAGAUCACACGUGAUUUUAACCACAGGAGACAGGAAAGCGCAUGGUUUGCUUCGCGGUCAUCUUGGAAAGGCUGUUGUGAAAUGGCUGCAAUGGUGAAACUCAGAAUCAUUUUCUCCGAAAAUGAUUCCCGGAGAUUGAUCCUUCCAAAUGGGAUGCCAGAGUCUGUCAGUGAGCUAGUUCAGCAGAUAAAGGGACAGUGUGGAGUUAAUGGGGACUUCAGGCUUCAGUUCAUGGAUGCAGAAUUUGGGAAUGAAUUCACCAACUUGGAGUCAAUGUCGGACAUCCAGGACAAAAGUACCAUCAAGGUCAUCUUUAGCUCAGUUGCACCUGUCGAGCCUGGUGAGCCACUGCUCCCUCUUUACUCAUCUGCUGCCACUUCCCGCACUCUAGAUGACUCCUCAUCCCUUUCAUCUCCUGGGAACUCAUUUGAUACAGACAUAUUGUCUUCUCCUGAAUCUACGUCCUCAAGAGCCACUGCAUGGCCCGAUGUCUUCCCCAUUCCCCGGUUCUCUUAUGAUACUCAACUACAGCUGGACAGGGCCAAUGCUACUUUCAAAGAAACUGGAGCUUUGUUGAAUCCUGAUCAUAAAAUUAAGUCUGCCAUUCUUGAUGGUUUAGCUGAAACAAUUGUUCAGUACAAGGUCUACCUCUCUGACAGGGAGUUUGAUGAGGUCGCAGAAGCUCUUGUAACAACCCAUCCAUGUUUGAAAGAGCCUGGUUCAGUCACUGGAUAUGGCGGAUGGAAAGCAAGCUUGAAGUAUAAACUUGCUAACUACCGAACUAAGCUUAGACGGCUUGGAUGCCCUGAAGUUACUGUGAAUUCCUUAAAACAUAAACCUGAUAGCAAAUGUACUCCUGCGUAUGGCGUGAAGAAGCCAAAAAAAGCUGAAGUGAAUUACUGCCCCACUUAUCCAGCUGGUGAAACUGCAGAGACACUAGAAGAAAUCAGAGUGGACCUCCUGUCAGAAGUUAAGAAAAAAAACAAUGACCAUAGGGUGGCUGCAAUGAUGGAGAAGACCUUGGCUCUCAGAAGGCAAGAGGUGAUACGUGAAGCACCGAUGAUCGCUGAUUUCAAAAUGAGGUGGCCAGCUCUCUUCCAUGUGUGUGAGGUGAGUGCAGAAUUCAAGAGGAUUACAACAAUCCAUUUGCAGUCCAAGUUCUUCUCCCAGCUGGAUAGUUAUUCGGCAAACCUUAUGAAGAUAUAUGCCAAGAAGGGUGGAAUACAAGGGCGAAAAAUUAAGACCAUCAUGGCACCUGCAACCCAGACUGCUGCUGUUGAAGUCAGAAGAGAAUGCAUCCUCAAAGGUCUUUGCGUGUACCUGAAUGAAGAUCCAGAGAAGCUGGUGAAGGAUUACCUGGACGUUGAUAAAAGCAUCGCCACUGCCAUAGCAGAGACAGUCUUUGGAAUCUGUGUCAUUCGAUCAGAGGGUGCGGAGCCUGGCGAUGACCCUCAGGAUGUUAUGAUUGUUCUAGAGGGGGUGGAAGUGAUGGGUGAGUUGGGCAAUGUAGCUUUUGCAGUGGCAAUGUUGCUUGGUCUGGUCUACUCACUAAACCUGAGCUACCCUCCAGAACUCAGGUACACCUUUGAGGUUCUGCAGAAGAUUCUUAUGGAGUUGGAUGCACACAAACUAUCCAACAAAGUACAGGUUCUCAAAACUCUUCUUUCUCGUUGAGAAAUGUUGCCAAUACAACAGCUACACCAUGUAUCUGGAACAUGAACCAGAAAGAACUGCAGACAGAUGAUACCAUGCAUUUUUUAUUCAUUUUGAGAUAUACAAAAUUGGUGAUAUUUGUUUUUUUGAAAGUGCAUCUCUUUGACCUUCAAAAUCACUUGAUUCAGCCGUUCAUUGUGGUUAAAAAAUGGUUUGAACAGGUUAAGUUGCCACCAUGUCCACUACUUUUUUGUUUUUCUGUGAUAUAACUUGCAUUACAUGUAUUCUUCACACGUUAUAUGAAAUUUGCUAUAAAUCCAAUAAAUUGGAGAAAACAAAAAGAUCUGUAUGACAAUUUUUUUUUAUUUAAGUUUUAGAUAUUGUAAUAGUGCAAUGCAUGUUAUCCAGACUCUAGACUUUGUUAAAUACUCCAAAAAAAUUUCUCUUUAAAUGAACUUAAAAUAAUCAUGGAAAGAAUUUCCACAUUAUUAAAUGGCUUUCUAUUAGCAUUAAACACUUGUGUUGGAUUAACAUAAUUUGUAUGAGUUGGUUCAACUCAGUUAACUUAAGUUGGAACCAAAUUCAGUACAUUAGUUGGAGAAAACCUACUGAAUUGAGUUGGAACAAAACCCUUAAAGUUGGAUCAACACUAUUAUCUUAUAUUGGAUUCAAAUGCAGUAAAUACGUUGAUUCAUCAAUCAUUAAUUAAGUUGGUCCAACUUGAGUACAUUAAGUUGGAAUUACAGAAUUGCAUAAUGCUAAAAUAAAGCAAUUCAAUCACGUGGAAAUUCUUUCCAUGAUUUUUUUAUGUUCAUUUAAAGA